AUGCAAAUGCUGGAACCGAUCAGGACGAGUGGGAAUGGCGAGGCGGGUGGAGAAGAAGAGAUCGAAGUGAAUUUCAAAGACCAAAAGAUGAUCAACGAGUUUUCGAAUCUGAACCUCAAGAAGAUCAAGUUGAGGAAGCUUAUCAAAGCCAAAUCUUUGGAACUAGACGAUUUGGUCGAGCUGGAAAACGAACUGUUGUUGGGUAGUUUCGACGAUAAUGUCAUCGAUGACGACGAACAGGAUCAGAACGGGGGCGAUGGGAACGAUUUGAUCUUAUACAAAUUAGAUAGCUCAUACAUUCAUAUCAAGAGAUCGGUUUUCCAAGAAACGAAGCUAGCUGAGAACCUAGAAAAAUCCAAGCAGUUGAUCUCCAAGCUGAACACAGACUUGACUGAAUUGAACGACCAAAUGUCAGCUCUCAAGAAGACUUUGUACUCGAAAUUCGGCAAUACUAUCAACUUGGAAGGCGGGGAUGAUGAUGAGGACGAAGUGUCUAUCUAG